AUGGACUGCCAAAAACAAACCGGCAGCGCCUUCUACCUGAGCCUCAACAUCGAACUCUACAACAUCCAAAUCCUGUCUCCUACGAAGCCUUUGUUUCUCCGUCGAAAGAUCAAGCCAGGCCUGGUCGACCGCUAUGCCGAGUGUCCGCAAUGCCACGUUCAGCUUUGGGCUAGCAAUCACCUCGGUGAUGCGGUCGCGGAACUGAGAACCUCGUGGCCCAAGAGCAGUCUCAAGAGGUUGGAUGCUUGCUUGAAGCGAGCGGAGGAAGUUAAGAAGAGGAGGGCUGCUGCGAUGAAGGAGGGUGCCCAUGGCGCGAGUGGAGAUGAGGAGCACACAGAGGUAGCUGUAGCGGUGGAGGGAAGUGGAGAGGGUGACAAGACGCCUACCGCGGGUGAUGUUGGGGGCGACGAUGAUGAUGAGGUUGACGAGCAGAGGUUCAGAGAUACUGAGAAGGCGUUGCUGGAGCGGUUGGAGCGGUUGAGUCUCAAGCUGCAGAAUGAGGAAGACACGAAGAAGAUCGUGGAGACGUGUCUUGGGGACUCGAAGAAGACCUCAUAA